UCAAUCAGCUCUUUCACACAGCGCCGAGCAUUCCUCACUAUGCCAAUAGCAAAGUACCUGGUAUGUGUACGCCCGGUAUGAUAUUCACGAUUGAGCCAAUGAUCAACUUGGGCUCGUACCAUGAUCAGACUUGGCCUGAUAAUUGGACGGCCGUCACGCAGGAUGGUAGGCGCAGUGCACAAUUUGAGCAUACCUUGCUGGUGACUGCGGACGGAGUAGAAGUGUUGACUGCUAGAAUGGAGAAUAGCCCUGGCGGACCGGUCGCCUAGACGUACACAUCAUAAAAUAUGCCACGCUUGCUGAUCACGGGCGUCUCGCCAUCCUCGAUUGGCCUUGAAACUAUUCGGUGCAUUCUCGAGACGCAGCGCGUUGCUAGACAGCCGCAGCAAUGGCACAUUGUGCUUGCUCAGCGGGAUGCCGAAUCGCCGCAAGCCAAGCAAGCUGCAUUACAGCUACAAACGUAUUGCUCGCCAGGCUGUACCAUUGAAUCGCGUACUUGUGACCUUGAAUCCUUCAAGAGCGUGCGCGCCUUUGUACAGGACGUCACAGAGCCACUGGAUGUGGUCGUCUUGAAUGCCGGGCUUGUAAGUAAGCUAAGGCAUCUCACAGAAGAUGGCAUUGAGACGACCUGCCAAGUCAAUCAUCUUGGACACUUCCUACUCCUUCAUCUGCUACAAGAUAAGCUUAUGCGAGGUACACGCGUUGUCUUUGUCGCAUCUUCUCUCCAUAAAGGUCAAGAUGCGAGCAAAACUCUCCGAGCGAUGCAUUGUGCAGACGGUCCUCUUCGCACAACAGAACCCAUCUACAGACCCAUGACGGCGUAUGCACAAUCAAAGCUACUACAAGCUUGGUGUAUUGCUGGCUGGCACCGGCAACUCUCACCAAAAGGUGUUCAGGUCUUACUUGCUAGUCCGGGAUUUGUACCCACAUCAGGCCUGGCGCGUGAAGAGACGCCCCUGAAACAGUUUCUGAUGCGCUGGGUUCUGCAUUAUGCGCCUUUUGCACGCUCACUGGAGCAAGCGGGUAAGACCAUUGCCGCAUGUGCCCUUGCCGAUGAGUUGGCAGUGAGCAAUGUCUACAUUGAUGCGAAUCUCAAGGAAACACGUAUGCAUGAGGCAGUCUAUGACGAUGCCCUCGCUCAAGAAGUAUGGGAUUGGAGUCGAGAGCGUUGUGCAAUAGAGUAGACGGUGUACAUUGUGCAAGCUCAGCUGAUUUCCACUGAUGGGACAGGUGUAGGCGAUAUCUGGACCAAAUUCUCUACCUGCGUUCUGGAACAGUAUUCAACAGUCUCAAAUUGAUCAGUCAAUUCAGCCAUAAGCCACGUACUUACUUGCAUGGAUAGUCGCAUAUAUUGUCGAUGAGUCUUGGUCGUGAGUCGUUACACAUGCAUAUGA